GGUAAACGAAUGGAGGCUGCGUCAUUACCUUCCAUGAGCAUUUUGAAUACACUUUUUGGCAGUGACGUUACUCACCGCGCUCCUCUUCUUGACAGACAGCGAGUGUGCAGGAGACACCAUCUCCCUUAGAACACGGACUUUCAGGACCAAAAGAUGUCAGCUCAGAUCAUAAAUGGGAAACAGGUUUCAGCGCAGGUGAGGGAGCGUCUGAAGAAGGAUGUGGAGCAGAUGAAGCUUCAGGACCCCAACUUCAGACCCGGUCUAGUGGUUUUACAGGUUGGAGACCGCGAUGAUUCAAAUCUGUACAUCAGCAUGAAGUUGAAGGCAGCAGCAGAGAUUGGAAUAAAUGCCACACAUGUGAGACUUCCCAAGACUGCAACAGAGGAGGAGGUUCUUCACAGUAUCACAGAGGUGAAUGAGGACUCCUCUGUCCACGGCCUCAUCGUGCAGCUGCCCUUAGACUCAAUCCACAAAAUGGACACAGAGAAGGUCACCAACGCCGUGGCUCCAGAGAAGGAUGUAGACGGACUGACCAGCAUAAAUGCAGGGAAGCUGUCUCGUGGGGACCUGGGCGACUGCUUCAUCCCCUGCACACCAAAUGGCUGCAUGGAGUUGAUCAGACAGACUGGUGUGUCUGUGGCAGGGAAGAGGGCAGUAGUGAUUGGUCGCAGUAAGAUUGUGGGCGCGCCGAUGCAUGACCUUCUGCUGUGGAACCACGCCACUGUCACCACCUGCCACUCUAAAACCGCUGAUCUCGCUGGAGAGGUGAGCAAAGCAGACAUCCUGGUUGUCGGCAUCGGGAAAGCAGAGAUGGUGAAAGGAGAGUGGAUCCAGAAGGGUGCAGUGGUCAUCGACUGUGGCAUCAACCACAUUCCAGAUGAGACUAAACCAAGUGGGAACCGGGUGGUGGGUGAUGUCCACUACGACUCAGCGAAGGAGCAGGCCGGCUUCAUCACCCCCGUGCCCGGUGGUGUGGGACCCAUGACUGUGGCCAUGCUGAUGGGGAACACAGUGUUGAGUGCAAAGCGUUUCCUGGAGCGCCACCAACCAGGGAAGUGGAACAUUUCUUACACCAAACUCAACCUCCAGAAACCCGUGCCGAGUGACAUUGUGAUUUCUCGCUCCUGUGUGCCCAAGCCCAUCGACCAUCUAGCCAGAGAGGUGGGCCUGCUCUCUGAUGAGGUGGAGCUUUAUGGCAAAACUAAGGCCAAGGUCCAGCUGAAUAUCAUCAAACGCCUGCAGGCCCAGCCAGAUGGCAAAUAUGUGGUGGUCACUGGAAUUACACCCACCCCUCUGGGUGAAGGAAAGAGCACCACCACCAUUGGUCUGGUCCAGGCCCUGGGAGCCCACAUGAAGCUCAAUGUGUUUGCUUGUGUCCGACAGCCCUCUCAGGGACCCACCUUUGGCAUUAAAGGUGGUGCUGCAGGAGGUGGAUAUUCUCAGGUCAUCCCAAUGGAAGAGUUCAACCUCCAUCUCACCGGUGACAUUCACGCCAUCACUGCUGCCAACAACUUGGUGGCUGCUGCCAUCGACGCUCGUAUGUUCCACGAGGCUACACAAUCUGACAAGGCUCUGUAUAACCGCUUGGUCCCGUUGAAUGGAGGACAGAGGAAGUUCUCCCCCAUCCAGAUCAAUAGACUGAAAAAACUGGGCAUAGAAAAGACGGAUCCCUCCACUCUGACUGAAGAAGAGAUCACCCGCUUUGCCCGCCUGGACAUGGACCCAAGCUCUAUCACCUGGCAGAGAGUGUUGGAUACCAAUGACCGAUUCCUGAGGAAGAUCACCAUCGGCCAGUCGCCAACUGAAAAGGGAUACACGAGAGAGGCCCAGUUUGACAUCACGGUGGCCAGUGAAAUCAUGGCGGUGCUCGCCCUCACCAGCAGCCUGGAGGACAUGCGUCAGCGUCUGGCCAAGAUGGUCGUGGCCACCAGCCGCAGCGGACAGCCCAUCACCACCGAGGACCUGGGUGUGAGUGGUGCUUUAACUGUGCUAAUGAAGGAUGCCAUCAAGCCAAACCUGAUGCAGACCUUGGAGGGAACCCCUGUGUUUGUCCAUGCCGGCCCGUUUGCAAACAUCGCCCAUGGCAACUCCUCCAUCCUGGCUGAUAAAAUAGCUUUGAAGCUGGUUGGACCCGAGGGCUUUGUAGUGACGGAGGCGGGCUUUGGUGCUGACAUUGGCAUGGAGAAGUUCUUCAACAUCAAGUGCCGCUACUCAGGCCUGAGACCCCACGUGGUGGUGCUGGUGGCCACUGUCCGAGCGCUGAAGAUGCACGGAGGAGGACCAACAGUCAGUGCUGGGAUGCCACUGCCUAAGGAAUACAUUGAGGAGAACCUUGAGCUGCUUGAGAAGGGCUGCAGCAACAUGAAGAAGCAGAUAGAGAAUGCACAGCACUUCGGCGUGCCAGUGGUGGUGGCUGUCAAUGCUUUCAAGACAGACACUGAGGCUGAGCUGGACUUGGUCUGCAGCAUGGCCAAAGCUGCCGGAGCCUUCGACGCCGUGCCCUGCUCCCACUGGGCCGAAGGUGGAGCCGGUGCAGUGGCCCUGGGUCAGGCUGUCCAGAGGGCCUCUGUGGCCCCCAGCAACUUCAAGUUCCUCUAUGAUUUGGAGCUCCCGAUUACUGAAAAGAUUCGAAUAAUCGCCCAGAAGAUCUACGGAGCAGACGAUAUUGAGCUUCUCCCAGAGGCUCAACACAAGGUGGAGCUCUACACCAAACAGGGUUUCAGCAAUCUGCCAAUCUGCAUGGCAAAGACUCACCUGUCGCUCUCUCACGAGGCCGACAAGAAGGGUGUGCCCACAGGGUUCACCCUGCCAAUCAGAGACAUCCGAGCCAGUGUGGGCUCUGGCUUUCUGUUCCCACUGGUUGGCACGAUGCCCACGAUCCCAGGUCUGCCCACCAGGCCUUGUUUCUAUGACAUUGACCUGGACCCUGAGACUGAACAGAUCAACGGGCUCUUCUGAAGCACGGCUCUGCACUGUAUGAUGACCUGGCCCAGUGCCCCCCACUGAACCAUAAUGAAAUGUGAUGGCCUAAUAUCUGGAAGCGCUUUGAGCUCAUCUGCCGGCCCUGUUUGUUGUUUUUCGCUCAAACACUGACAUCUGUAAAUAAUUGAUUUGCUUUGCCCAGAAGGCUGCUGAUGGGUAAAUCAAGAAACAAUUAAUCACAGAACAGUUUAUCCCCUGAGAUUGCCAGUCUGUGAUAGACGUUUUACAAGGGGGAAGUGUCCUAUUGACAAUUCUUUCUGCUACAUUGCUCGCUGCACAUAAACAAGCCCUGCUUGUAUGACAAUAAUAAGCCUAGACUCUUAAGUGACAGAGUUUUAUAAUGUUUUGUUUUUGAGCAAUCUUGUGACUAUUGCCUGUCAGAUUGCCUAUUUUGCCUGUCCUGUAUUCUAACUGAAUAUUUCUAACACUCUCUAACCUUAUUGAGUUGCCACUGCUGGGAAACUGAACUGUCAUGUUGUAGUAAAUCAGUGGUUUCCACUUUUCUGUCAGAAAAGCUCAAAUAAAGUGUCCUUGAUGGAAUGCCACUAAGCAACCCA